UGCCAGAGAACCACAGGACUGUGCAGGUGCAAGCCAGGGGUGGGAGGGCGUAGCUGCAAUGUCUGCCUGCCAAUGUUCCAUGGGUUUGGACCCACUGGAUGCUCAGAGUGCUCGGCAUGUGAACAGACCUUAGACCGCUUUCUGAACAUGACGGAGUCAGACUGGGAACACCACUGGGGGAUGGCUGAGGAGGUCAGCACCUUACAGAUGCUGGAUACACCACUUCAAAACAUCAACAUCACCAUAGAAACAGUGCAGCAGGACCUGCAGGAGUCUGAGCUGGACUUGGGGGAUGUGAAUGGGGCUGUGAGUGACCUGACCAGAGAGCUACCAGAACUGAACAUAACAACACAAAGCCUUCGUAGCCAGGUGUCUGCACUGUUUCCUGGGGGAAGACAGCAACUAAACAGCAGCUCUAUGGAGUACAUGAGGCUGGAACAGUUGAAGAGGAUAGCACACGAUGUGCUGACCAAUGCUACAGCUGCCAACCAGACAGCAUUUGCAGUCAUACAUCAGCUCAGUGAAAACAGGGCAUCAGCCAGGACAAUGCUGUCGCAAGCUGUGCAGCUGCUAGACUACUUGACAGCAGUGUCUUUUGAUGGCCUUGGACAGCAGAGUCAAGCUGUGCAGGCCAUGGCUGGAAAUGAGUUAAAGGCUGCACAGUGGCUCAAUACCACAGUAUACACUGAGGUGCAAGAAGCAAAUGCUCUGAGAGACAGCUUGACAACAGCACAGACUCUGCUGUCCAAUGUGAGUGACACCAUGGACAGCACCGAAAUGAUAGCUGACCUCGUCCUGACAGCUGCAGAAAAUAUUGAACAGCACCUCACGACAGCAAACAGAAGCAGACAGCAAGUAGUUACUCUGGUCCACGAGACAGCCAGCCUGCUGCCUAUUGCAGAAACAGCAUUACAAGCUGCUGAUCUAGUUCUCCAAAAUGCAACCCAGGAUUUUGAACAGGCCAAGAUAUUGUUAAAUGGUGAGAAUGGCUGGACAGCAACAGCAGCAAAGGUGAACAGCAGCAGCAGCCAGGUAGCAGGACAGCUGAUUGCCUUGACGGCAGCUGUACAAAAGGCUGAGGGUUAUGCAGCUAAUCUGACAGUACAGGCAGAUGCUGUGGACAGUGUGUUCCAGGCUGCCCGCUCACAGGGCCAGGCUGCUGUCAGCGCCAUACAGGGCUACCAGGAAGUCGCCCUCUUACUCAACGAGUCAGUUUCCAUAGCAACAGAGGUCAAUGCAACUGUCCAAAACCUGACGGAAUACAUCCAGAGCGUUUCCAUAGCAACCCUGGAGGGGAGAGCUAAUCGGUCAUUGGCGGAGAGCUUGGCACUGCAGGAGGAGAUAGAUGGCAAGAACACGAGCACUGCAGGCAUACUGCAGGAGGUCAGGCUGGCGAAUGCCAGCUUCUCUGCAGUCCAGACAGAGUGGAGAAACGUGACAGCACAGCUGCAGCAGCUGGAAAGGGACCUGCAGGACACAGAGGCAGCAGCUCAGGAGGGUGACAUUGCAACCAGUUUGGAAGAAGGCACCCAGUUGAUGGAGAGAUCAGCCAAUCAGAGCACAGCAGCAGAGGCUGACAUCGCAGGAGUCAGCAGUGGUGUUGAAGGGGUCAGAGGUCACCUAGUGGUCAUCCAGGAGACGUCCAACAACGUGACGACUAUUGUGACGGACCUUGAACAAACAGUUUCAGUCCUUGGCCCAGGUGGAGCACAGUAAGUCUGCUGUGCCUGAGAUCAUCCAUCAGACUUUGAUAGCCUCGCUGUAAUUGGUGGAGCAAGAAAUGACAAAGCCAGACAUAUUGGGUGUCUGUUUCAUCCUGGAGGUUUGGCCCUAUGUCAAGGACAAGGAACUAAGGUGAAACUGAGUUCACUGCUAGACCACAGAAGUGUGACCUGUGUUUUCAAGU